AUGCAAGAGGCACUGGCAGAUCACAGAGACAUCACUCGCUCCCCAGUGCUGUCACAGCCGGCAUGUGACGAGGCAUCCGCAUCUGGUGACACUCCUAGGGCCAGUGCCCCAGGCUAUGGCAAAGGGUCAAGGUACGAGUUUCUUUCUGGCGGAGACGUCUUCCAGAGGCUCCACAGAUGUCAUUGCGGGCAGCAUGGCUUCCCUUGGCAUGAGAGGUUGAGUGUCCUACUUGACGCUGCCAGCGGCUUGUCCCACAUGCACAACGCCACGCCGAAGGCCUUCCAUCGCGACAUCAAGUCUGCCAACAUCCUGUUGGACAGACAUGGCACAGCCAAGAUGGCAGACUUUGGCCUCAGCUGCAUCAGCCAGAGUGGCGCUGCGAACAUUACGGUCAAGACCAUUGGCGGCACUCCAGGAUACAAGUGUCCUGUUUACGAGCGAACUCGACGCUGCACUGAAUCAUCUGAGGUGUACUCCUUUGGUAUGGUAAUGCUUGAGAUGAUGACUGGUCUGGAUCCUUCAGCGACUGAUCCAUUGGCUCCUCGAGGCAUUGCUUUCCCGAUUGCCAAGACUGUGGCCCCAAACACGCCGGGGGACCUGCAACGGCUCCAAAGGUCGGGCGAUGCAACGGCCAGCUGGCCCUGGAGCCUCUUCGAAGAGCUCGCCCCGGUGGCCUUGCGCAGUGUGUACUGCCCUGCCGAAGAGAAGAGGCCAACGUUUGUGGAGUUGGUGCGGCUGUUAAAGUCUGCCGUCGAGCGCUUUCCCCCUGGGAGCGUUUCCAAGCAAAUGGACAUGACCCAGGCCUCAACCGGGUCGGAUGCUCACGGCCCGUGCACGCCCAGAACCUCGCAGGCCGCUUUUGCAGUCAAUCGGCCGCCAGCAACGCCAUGCACACCACCAGAUGUGCGACAGCAUCACGCUUCGUCGCCAUCGCCACAAGCUACUCCGCCCCGCUUUGGUGAGGAUCGGCUAGAUGAGCCAGAAGCGACAUUCAUGCUCGAGCUGGUGGAGUCUGCCGGCUGUCGUCCCGAGGACUUGCCAAUCGAACAGCGGCGUUUGUUGCUACAACCACAAGGUUUCUCUGCCGGCCUUUUGUCAGCUGACGUCGGGCGGCAUUCCCAAGGCGGCCUCCUUGAAGCUUGGUUGCCUGAUUCACAGCAGCGAGCUUGCAUUUCACGGCGGGCACUGCAGAUCUCUUGGGCCAGCAAGUGCGAAGAUGUCACCAUACUUUCGCACGGUACCAAUCCACUGCUCGUGGAUGGCAUCUUGCUUCCUCGAGGCUGCUCGACAACUCUGAAAGCCGGCUCGGAGAUCACCUUCCGAUAUGAGCUGUGUGUGUUGCUGCGGCUCCGCUUUGUGGCCGCCGUGGCACAGGAAGUUAAGCCGGCUAAGCUUCAAGCAGCUUCGAUGUCCAGAUUGGCGGAGGAGUUCAGCGAAGCUCGCAAUGGUGCCACGGUGCCAGGUGUAUGCAGGGCACAUGGCCCUACUGAAGUGGAGAGGCUGCGGGAAAACACCGCAUCAACUGAGGACUGCGAGGCUGAAGACGUUGUGGCCAAGCUCCGCUGCACAAAAGCUGAGGGCCUCCACAAAGGGUACCUGGCGGCCUUGCCCAGCUCGCUGCGAGAUGUGGCUCUGCACGCGGGACGCAACCUCGUGGGACGACAUUACCAGCAACAAUUGUUUGAGGCAUUGCUGUGUCCACUCGAACGGCUGAAUGUCUCGCAUUGCCAUCUUUGGUUGGAUGUGGUGCCGAAGCACUCGGGGCACGCUAUGCGAGUCACCAACCUUAGCUCAACUUUGGAGAUCUUCGUGGGGGAGGAGCAUGUGCCCAAAGACCGGACUGCUUGCCUUCAAGACGGAGAGGUACUGAGCUUUGCCAAAAGAAAUGGUUCUGGGUUUCUCCACCUACUUGCCUUCCAGGCGCAGGCUAAGAAUCCUGCUGAUGCAGGAGAACAGCCGAGACAGCCCGUCGCGAUUGCCGUUUCUGGCAGAGCUGAGCCACUCCCAUUGGCGCGAGAGGUGAAAGCAUAUGGCUCCACUCCGUCCACUCCGCCCAGGCCGAGUCCACAAGGAUGGACUACCAGCGAGGACACCGCGGGCUCUUCUCCUGCGGUGGUUCUGGAGCUCAGUGGGGCCGGCACAAAGGACCUGCCAGCGGAGAAGCGACGACUUGGGCCCAUGACCUUGAGGAAAGGACCCUGGAUCAUGGGCCGCCGUCAUCAACGGGAAUUCUUGCAGACAGUUGUGAAGGAAGACUGCAUUGAUUUCGUGAGUCGCGACCACUUCGCCAUUGCUUUUGAAGAUGGGGCCUUUUUCCUGCUGGCCUUAUCCCAAAACCGGAUUUGGCUGGAUGCGGGUAAGGACCUUGGAACAAGGAGUCUCCACCGCGACGAAAUGCUGUUGCUGAAGCCUGGGGGUCGCAUCCUGCUCGGCACCAGCGAGGCCGGAACAGCCGAAUCGCUGAGGUUGUGCUGGCGCUUCGAUCUUGCAGACAAUCUGCCGCAACUUCCUGAACCGUCUGACAGUCAAGCAAUGCAGGUGCACGACAAUGCCUAG